AUGCUCAGCGCAAUGUUCACGUUGCUGAACCUCGCCCUAUUGCAUGGUGCACUUGCACAGACCUCCAUGGGCCCCACAGUCGAUGUAGGAUAUGCGACAUAUCUGGGCAGCCAGUCAUACCCAAACACGGUGGCAUACCUUGGCAUACCGUAUGCCGAGCCCCCUGUAGGCGACCUGCGCUUCCACGCAACUGUCCCUCUGAACACGACGCGUGUGAGUGAAGAGGCUAACUUGAGCGGGAAAGCAGUGGUCAGCGCAACCUACUACCCAGACUUUUGUAUCCAGGGAACAACAGGUCACGGUUCCAUGGAUGCGGGAGGAGCGGGAUCGGAGGACUGCUUGAAAGUCAACAUCUACGCACCAUACGGUGCCAAAGCAGGCAAUAAUUUGCCUGUGCUGUUCUAUAUUCAUGGUGGAGGUUAUGUUCGUGGAAAUCCACGCAACUGGCCAUUUGAUAGCUGGAUCAACCAAAGUCCGAAUGUUAUCAUCGUGUCUGUUUAUUACCGUCUUGAUUCUUUCGGCUUCUUGAGCACUCCCGAGUUCACCGACCCCGCAUACGGCGACUUUAAUGCGGGGAUCAAGGACCAAAUCCAGGCGCUCAAAUGGCUCCGUGGACUGCACAUGAUUGCCAACGAAGGGGAACAGCUUUUUUCUGGCGCCAUUGCGCAAAGCGUCUUCAGGACGCCACUUCCCACCCCUGUGCAACAGCAGCCACUCUUCCAAUUCUACGCAUCGUAUGCAGGGUGUGGAACGGGUCCUGUGGCAGAGCAAAUGACAUGCCUCCGUGGUGCAACAAUCAGCGCGCUUGCACGGGCACAGGAUGCUGCAGUCCAGGGAAGGUUUUCCGGGUCGUAUAAUGCAUUCCACCCCGUCUUGGACGGCGUGUUGAUCACAGGACAUCCUACGUCAAAGUUCCAGCGCAACGAGUUCGUUCAUGUUCCGCUUAUAGUUGGCGCAACGUCCAAUGAGACUCGUUCUGACGGAGAGAGUAUCCCUCUGGCACUUAAGGGAUUUUUCCCAUCACUGACAGACGCAGACAUUCGGGAGUUCUUGCGGCUAUAUCCAGUAGAUGAAUUUAAUUCUCCGAGUCAGCAGUUGCAGGUGGCCACAGGAGAACCUGAAUUGAUAUGCGGUCGCCAGGCCAUGGGCAGCCCAUCUUCGCUACAUUCCAACACUUGGACUUAUCGGUACAACACACCCAACCCCACGAGCGGUACCGACGUCGUUGAACAUGCUGCGGAGAACUGGAUGAUGUUUGAUGGCACAAACACUGGGUUCAAUGGCUCUGCGACAUUUAUGCCACAGACACCCGCCGAAGCCGCAUUCGCUUCCGAACUCAUUGCUUACUGGCUUUCCUUCGUGCGCACCGGCAAUCCGAAUAUUUACAAGCUAGACAAGUCUCCGAACCCGCAAAACCUGACGAAUGUGAGUGGUAGCUAUAUGGAGAGACGGCCUGCUACGGAGGCUGUCAGAUGUGCAUUUGCAAUUAGUAAGGCGCAGGCUUGCGAAAAUUAG